AUGUAUACUGCUACUCAUAGCCCCGAUAUGAUUUUCUUUCACCAUGAUGUUGUAAAACCAAGAUCUUGGAAACUUUCUGGAAAAAAGAAAGAAUUUCAUGAUACUUCCCACGAACACAGAAUAAGUAAUUACAAGACUAACAACUUCCUUCGCCGCCAACAUCUUAAAAUCGGACAUAGAGAACAACGAUUCAGAUUGAUCCUCAGCCGUGGUUUCUUCCCCAAGCCUCACCUCAAUUGGCAACUUGUCGCUCAUCUACCAGCCGACCAUCACCACCUCGAAAUUAAAGCUUUCAGUUUCGUCUUGCAUUCCCGCACCACCUCUCAACCCAUCGCCUACCAUCAUCAUCAUCAUCAUCAUCAUCUAGUUUCAAACAUCCAUGUUCAAUUGAACAGUUCGUAUGGCGAGGCUUAUCUCUGCAUCUUUUGUUGCUUGUUUCAGGUUUUGAAGAGUUUGUCAUUCAUGUGGAAAAAAAGGAAAAUAUGAAAAACAAGAGUGUCUUAUAGUAGAAUUUAUUCAGCCAGAAUGAAUGACUUGAAGACCUUAUAUGAAUAACGUGAAGAAUGAAUCAAAGAUUGAUCAUACUCACAGUUUAAGAAUGUUGUUGUUUUUUAAAAAUUGCACUUGUUAUUCUUUCAGAAUGUUGUUAUUAUUCAAGAAUGUUCUUUUUGUAUCACAAUCAUAG